AUGGCGGCCGCCGUGCUUAUGGAGGAGGUGCUUCCGCAUAGUAUGGCGACCUCUGAUGACGAUGCCGAGUUCGAGGAAGACGAUGAGAUUGCGGCAGACGGCAUAGCAGAUGCAGAAGCUUUUGCGGCCAACAACCAACUCCAUAAUGGACUGUUGGGGCAAAUAGAAGGCAGGGGUUAUGAUGAGGGAGAAGAGAACGAGACCGAAGAGCUUUCUGACCAUGAUGCUGAGGGUGAGGAUGACGAUGACAUGAUCGACUCGGUUCGGAAUGGCGAAAACGGGACCGAAGAUCUCUCCGAUGAGGACGCAGAAGGCGUAGGUGCUGUCAAAAUUCAGCCAAAGGGACCGGUAGAUGACGAUGAGGAUGUUGUAUCUGGGCCGGAUAACGAAGACGACAUGAGUGUUACGAGUGGUGAGGACGACGCCGACGACGACGACGACGAUGACGAAUCGAAAGACUCUACAGAUGGUGAAGCAGAGGAAGUCUGGGUCCCAGAUGCCGACGGUGAAGAGGACAACGAGCCAGCGAACCCCAAUCGCUGCGUAUUCUGUCAGCAAGAUGAAGAUAACGAUCCCAGUGAAGUCUUUGAAUUUUAUCUGGCAUGUGGUGUUUGUGGCGACAAUGCGCAUCGGCAAUGCGCUCGCGGUGCCGGCGCCAUUAAAUCGGAAGAUGAUGCAGACACGUGGUAUUGUCCCGAUUGCGUUUCAAACAAACUUGUCCCAGGCCAAGAGCAAGAGGAUGAAGACACUGCCGUAGCGCUAGAGGUCGAGGAAUCCCUGGAUCCCGCAGCAAGAAGAGUAUCACGGGAUAGAAUCGCAGGGGAUCUUCUUCCUCCUCAACGUUCUAUCAAGCCCGACUCGCAUUCUGUUUUCAACCAAUUAAUCGCGCCUGAUGAUCCAAUGGACGGAUCGCGUUAUUUGCGAAAGAGGAAAACUUCUUCAACGGACGCCGAGCCUAGCAUGGAAGAACCUCUUCCGCCAAGAAGGCGAACGCGAGAAAACACAGGCUCAACUAAUCCUAGAUCCACAACUACUGAAGCUCAACUCAAGGAGGCGAAUGGUCACAUAGUGAUUGAGCCCCUCCCCGAAAAGAACAAACCGCCUGCGACCAAUGGUCACAAGAAAACCGAAGUCAUGCUGACGCCACGAGUCUCGAGAACACUUCGACCCAAAAUCUACCGAGGUGCAAGCAUUUCCGAAAAGUCACCAAAUAGUAUCAAAUUGUUGAUUCGCGUUGAGCCCGGCGAAUUGCAACAUAUCCUGUCUCUGCCACCCAAGCCGACGAACAAGAAAAAGAAGGGCAGCGGCUCUUCUGCUCGAUCUACAACUACUGCAGUCACGACUACUGUCUCUCAAUUUGUCCCUGCGAGCAACUACUCCCAACCAUUUUACUCACUCCACGACAGAGAGAUGGACGAGCUGAAGUCAAAACCGUAUGGUGGGAUUCUGGAGGAAAAGGAUGCCGAUACGUCUUUGACCUUGCCGAAACCUGAACAUCGGCGACAAUUCGAUGAAGCGCGUCAAAAGGCCGAAGAAGACUGGAAGGCCCGAGUAGAAGCCGCCGCGGAGGCAGCCAUAGCAUCUGGGGUUAAGAAAGCGAAAAAGGUGUCCGGACCGGCCAGUCAGAUCGAAUAUAUCGAAUUUGGACAAUACCAGAUCGACAUCUGGUACGCUGCACCAUAUCCGGAGGAAUACAGCCGGAACAAGGCAUUGUUCAUAUGCGAGUUCUGUCUGAAGUACAUGGAAUCUGACAUUGUUGCAUGGCGACACAAGACUAAAUGCCCCUGGAAACAUCCACCUGGGGACGAAAUCUACCGUGAUGGUAAAGUGAUGAUCUUUGAGGUCGACGGACGCAAGAAUCCUCUUUACUGCCAGAACCUCUGUCUACUUGCGAAGCUGUUCCUCGGUUCAAAAACUCUAUACUACGAUGUGGAGCCAUUCUUGUUCUACGUCAUGACAGAGUAUGACGAACUUGGCUGUCACUUUGUAGGCUACUUCUCCAAGGAGAAGAGACCGAGUAGUCAGAACAAUGUCUCGUGUAUUUUGGUCCUCCCCAUCCACCAACGGAAAGGCUAUGGUCACCUGCUUAUCGAUUUCUCCUACCUCCUGACUCGCGUCGAGAAAAAGACUGGGUCACCGGAGAAGCCUUUAUCAGAUAUGGGUCUGGUGUCGUAUCGAAACUACUGGCGACUGGUUCUAUGCUACUAUUUCAGAGAAUUCAAACCUCGUGAUAAGAUUCCAAGCAUCAGACAGAUCUCCGAUGAUAUGGGACUUACCCCAGACGAUGUGGUAUCAGCACUUGAUGCCAUGGGUGCUCUGAUCCGAGAUCCCAUCACCGGAACGUAUGCUCUGAAGCUCAAGACAGACUAUUACCGCGAGGUCAUCCGUCAACAUGAGACCAAGGACUAUGCGAAACUCAACCCCAAAGGGUUGGUGUGGACGCCAUACAUAAUGGGCAGAGGAAAUGCAUCUGCUUUCGAUCUUGCACCCGCACUAAAUACUGUAGCACCCCGUGACGAGGAUGAGGAUGACGACGAGACCAUUUCAGAUGCCAAGAUUUCACCCAGACAGGACUUCGAUUCUUUCAGCAACGGCGUAACUGAGGCUAUCGCUGACUCCCUUGGGAAACUAACCACAAUUUCAGGUGAGCUCGUUAAAGUAGGCAAGCCUGACAUAAAUGGUGGAGUAUCGCCUCCCGGACCCAAGCUUAACGGCAACCCGAAAGUCUCUUACUACGAGGCUGCAGCUGGAAUUCCUCCGACGCGAUUCGAAGUAUUUCCUCCCGCGCCCGGUGCAAGGAAUCGCAAUACUCCUCGACCAUCUGGCUCUCGGCCCACUCCUACCCGAAACAGAUCAGGGCAAUCGACAUCAUCGCGGCCAAAGCCAAAACGACCUUCAAGUAGCACUCCGCGACGUCCUGCUCCGGCUCGGCCACGCAGCAGCACGCCACGGAGGAAAAGUGGCGGUACGGGUAGAGGUCCUGGUCGAUGGCCUAAGGGAACAACGAAAGCUGACUUCGAUGGAGCAGAAAGCGCCCCAGGCCUACCUCCGAGCUCCUUGAAGCAAAGAAGCAGGCUGGGCAACGAAAUCCUACUUGGCGACGAGGUGGGAGGCGAAGAAGACGAAGAAGGAGUUGAGAGUGGCGAUGGGAAGGGGUUGCAGAAGCAAAUGACCACAUUCGAAACUCCCGCGAUAAAGAAACGACGAGAUGCUGCCCGAGGAAAGGGGUUGGCAAAGCCAGUUCCUGGACUAAAAGGAAAGGGAAAGGGUAAGGGAAUGGGCUUGGGCUUGGGAGAACCCAUGCCGGAAGACAAGGGAAAGGGACCAUCAAUCGGGCCCGUGGAAGUCAAUCAACUAAUGGAAAACGCACCAACCAUGUCAACAGAAAUGGAUAUUGAUGCUGAAGGCGAGAUAGACGAGUGA